AACCCUAAACCGAUCGAUACAAUUCAGUGAUGUUUUGCUGUUACAAUUAGAUUAUCACGAAACCUAAAAUUUCAUUUUAAUUUUUUUUUUCGUGUAAAAAAAACGUAAACAAAAAAAGUAACAACCGGUCGAACCGAAACUCGGUCACAAUGGUUCAGUCUGACAUCAGACCGAACCAUUGCCCACUUCUCCUCCUCUACUCUGUACUCUAGAAACUCUACUCUGCUCUUCCUCUCUCCUCUCCUCUCUCUGCCAUCACUGCUCCCACUGCCAACCAUUAAAAUGGAUCUCAGUGCGCUCUGCUCCACCACCACCUCCGCCAUUAUCACCAUCUAACUUCCCCUCCCCCCACCUUUUCCUCCUCCCUCCGGCGAUCUCAUUCUCCUCAUGCCUUUUCCGCCGGAGCUCUCUCUCCCUCCAUAACGCCCAAUUUCGUGAAUCUGUGGUGGGGGGAAAAAUCCCAAGACGGGGAAACGAUGAACCCUCUCUGCUGCAUUGCUCCCGUUUCCGUCGAUCGAGAUCGGGCCAACCCUAUUGCCGCCAAAUCCGCGGCCCACCACCACUCCCAUCUCGCAGCUGAUUUCCCCCUUUCCGGCAAUACUGUCAGUCACGCCUCGAAGCCGAGUUUCUCAGCUCAGGUCUCCUCCGCCGGCACUGACUUCGACCGGCUCUCGGCUUCUGCUGCUGCUUGCCGUGACGGGGAGGAAUCGAUCGAUUUGAAGGGGAACAAUGUCGGCGCGGUGGCGGGGAUUUUGUACAAAUGGGUCAAUUACGGGAAAGGGUGGAGGUCGCGGUGGUUCGUUCUCGAAGACGGCGUGUUGUCUUACUAUAAAGUUCACGGCCCUGACAAGAUUUCGAUUGGCUCCGGGAGGGGGAAAGGCGUUCAGGUGAUCGGAGAGGAAUCGUUGAGGUUUGUCAGGAAAGCGAAUUGGAAUAGAAGCAGCAGCAGCAAUCGGUUCCUUGCUUUGGCUUCCAGGCAGUGGAAGCCGUUCGGCGAAAUCCAUUUGAAGUGAAAUGGUUUAGAAGGUUGAGAACUCCUCUGUUGGAAGCCAUUGUAGGAGAACAUAAAAGGGUAGAUCAAAUGUGCAGCAAUUUGCUGAUCUCAGAAGGAAAGUUUAGAUUUUUUUUCUUGCAGUGGAUACUGCUAGAGUGUUAGUCAUACGUGUUUCAUGGCUUCAGCUUGCUGAGUUCUCUCUUUCUCUAUGGACUUAUUUUGGGUUGUAGGUUUCUUCCGUACGAGCCAGUAAGUCCGAUGACAAAAGGCUGACGAUAUUCUCUGGAACAAAGACACUUCACUUGCGCUGCAUCACAAGAGAUGAUAGAGCUGCAUGGCUCGAUGCUUUGCACACAGCUAAGGAUCGGUUCCCUAGGGUGUUGACCAGCACUGACUUCUCCUCGGCUGAAGAUGUAGUUGUCUCGACUGAGAAGCUGAGAUCACGGUUGCUGCAGGAAGGAGUUGGUGAAGUGGUUGUUAAAGACUGUGAGGCUAUUAUGCUCUCCGAGCUGGACGAGCUUCAAAACCAGAUGAGGUCUCUGCAAAGGAAACAUGCCAUUCUUUUGGAUACCUUAAGGCAAUUAGAGACAGAGAAAAUAGAGUUGGAAACUACAGUAGUGGACGAGACAAAAGAGCGGGAGUCAUAUUGUGGACAAGCAAACAGAAGAUUCAGUGGUCAGUUAUUUCUAUUCGGUGAUGUCAGAAGGCAGUGCUAGUGACUCGGAUGCUGACAACGAAAGUCAAGAAGAUGGGAUGGGUGCUGAAACUGAUGAAGAAGACAGGAAGUUCUUUGACACAAACGAUUUCUUGUCUGCUGAUGCUCUAAUGAGAAGCACUUCGUAUAGGAGUACUAGGGAUUCAGUGGGGAGUGCAUGUAUACAUGACAAGGACGUUUUUUGCUCUGAUCGCUUGCAACACAUUCAGAAGGAUAAUAUUGUGACAACUGAAUAUCCAUUGGUUAAGAGACGAGACAAUUUGCCGGAACCAAAGGAGAAAGAGAAGCCCGUUGGCCUGUGGUCCAUUAUCAAGGACAACAUCGGGAAGGACUUGUCUGGAGUUUGUCUUCCUGUAUAUUUUAAUGAACCAAUAUCCUCCCUCCAGAAGUGCUUUGAGGAUUUGGAGUACUCACAUUUGGUCGAUCAAGCAUUGGAAUGGGGAAAGCAGGGGAAUGACCUGAUGAGAAUUCUGAAUAUUGCGGCUUUUGCUGUAUCUGGGUAUGCCUCAACGGAAGGCCGCCAAUGUAAGCCGUUCAACCCUCUACUUGGAGAGACUUACGAAGCCGAUUAUCCAGAUAAAGGCCUGCGUUUCUUUUCUGAAAAGGUCAGUCACCACCCAAUGGUUGUCGCCUGCCACUGUGAGGGAAGAGGGUGGACAUUCUGGGGAGACUCCAAUCUCAAGGGCAAAUUUUGGGGGAGGUCUAUUCAACUCGAUCCCGUCGGCAUUCUCACUCUUCGAUUUGAAGACGGUGAGACCUUCCAAUGGAGCAAAGUGACGACGUCUAUAUACAACAUCAUUCUAGGCAAACUGUACUGUGAUCACUACGGCACCAUGCGAAUCAAAGGCAGUGGCACCUACUCCUGCAGACUGAAGUUCAAGGAGCAGUCAAUCAUAGAUCGAAAUCCCCACCAGGUUCAUGGAUUUGUACAGGACAAUAGGACUGGACAGAAGGUGGCAAUGCUGGUUGGGAAGUGGGACGAAGCGAUGUACUAUGUGCUGGGAGAUCCGACAACGAAGCCAAAGGGUUAUGACCCAAUGACGGAAGCCGUCUUGCUAUGGGAGAGAGACAAAUCAGUCACCAGAACGAGAUACAACCUCACUCCCUUUGCCGUAACUUUAAACGAGAUCACUCCUGGAUUGUCGGGCAAAUUGCCACCCACUGACUCUAGAUUGCGGCCAGAUCAAAGGUUCCUCGAGAACGGGGAGUACGAGUUGGCAAAUGCAGAAAAGCUGAGACUUGAGCAGUUACAAAGACAGGCAAGGAAGGUGCAAGAAAGAGGAUGGCAGCCGAGGUGGUUUCGGAGAGACGAGGAGGGUUGUUACCAUUACACUGGUGGGUACUGGGAAGCUAGAGAGAGGAAGGAUUGGGAUGGGAUCCCGGACAUAUUUGGCCAAACCACUACUGCAGUCGAUUCAACCUCGUCCUCUUCUUCGGCAGAAGAAGAGUAGGCAAGCACUAAGCAGAACCAGCUGUGUUAUGGUGUGUAACUUAUUAGGCUGUAGGCUCCACGUUUUGGCUUUCUUGCUAUUCUUUUAUGUUCCAUAUCUUCCUUCCCUUUGGUGUCUGUCUGUGAAUUGACCUCGAGAAUGCGCCCGUAGUAGCGUUCCCAACUUCCCAUGGACAUUCAGGUAGGAGGGAAAUCUUGGUCUGCCACAAUCAGUCCAGACCCCAUUCCAUUUCAGUGAUAUUUAUUUCAGACUAUCCAACAUGAAGUUAAAACUAUUUUAGGUAUGAAGGGAUGACGAAAAUCAGAAUGGAUAGAACAUGAACUGAACGGAUACGGACAAAAGGCAUAGGCUGCAUAUAAUCCCAUCCGAAAAUGCCCAAUCAUAAGCAAUUC